AACGUCACCCUCACCGCGUCGUUAUAAAUGUCCGCCGCUUCCUCGCGCUGGCCAGUUACUUUUGACACCGUACCCAAACCAUUGCUAUCGUGUUUCAUCGACGACCUGAAUAACCCUUUCUCUUCAUAUUUUCGAAUCUCGUCAAACCAUUUUCAACCACAAAAAUGACUGGAGGCAAGUCUGGAGGCAAAGCCAGCGGCAGCAAGAACGCGCAAUCCCGUUCUUCUAAGGCCGGUCUCGCGUUCCCCGUCGGCCGUGUCCACCGUUUGCUCCGCAAGGGCAACUACGCUCAGCGUGUUGGUGCUGGCGCACCCGUCUACCUCGCAGCCGUCUUGGAGUAUCUCGCAGCUGAAAUCCUCGAGUUGGCCGGUAAUGCUGCCCGUGAUAACAAGAAGACCCGUAUCAUCCCCCGCCAUCUCCAGCUCGCCAUUCGUAAUGAUGAGGAGUUGAACAAGCUGUUGGGUCACGUCACUAUCGCCCAGGGUGGUGUUUUGCCUAACAUUCACCAAAACCUUCUUCCCAAGAAGACCCCCAAGAGUGGAAAGGGUCCUAGCCAGGAGCUGUGAAUUAUUUGUUUUUAUUUGGGUUUU